GCGGCUUUGGGAGUUCAAGUGUGGUGACCAACCGUGCAGCUUAUGCCAGUGCUGGCGCUUUUGGAGCAGUUGUUCUCCUGUCGGCUGGAAGCAGACGGCGAUACGGCGUGUACAAUGAUCCAAAUGAUCAGUCCACAUGUGUGCUGCUGAGUGAAGAAGAGAUGCAGAGCUCUUGCUUGAAUCUCACUGGCGAUAACACACAGUGCCACAAUUGUAUCCAAUGCGAGACGGAGGAUUGCAUGUAUGGCAUCAGCAACUGCGACGAAUUCUUGGCAACCGUCUUCAGCGAGUGCUGCAUCGAGAAUUGUGAAGAGGAUCCCACCGUUGGUAUCAUCAUUGGUGCAGUCAUUUCUAGUUUCGUUUGCAUAGGAAUUUGUGGCUGCAUGUUCCUGAGAAUGAAGUCCGCCACAAGUCAGGGAGUCAGUCAUUGGAGUAGGCUGGACUCCGGCUGGACGGCGGCUGGACGGGAAAUCCUCACAGAUCGAGCCCACGGAAACCCGAGAUAUCCCGACAUCCGAGACCGCAUGAAGCUGGCUGAACGUUUGCACAGGGUCACCGUUGCACCGUGCCACGCGCUGUUGGAUCUGAGCCGCUCUGAGCGUGGCAAGCCGCGUAGCCCGCAGCACGGUAUCGGCGCAUGCUUUGACGUGGAGUCGGCGCACGCUGCGCGGGCUGCGCGCAGUGGUGCUGAGAUGCAGAAACAUUCCGAAACAUUCUGCACUGAGGCUUUGCUCUUUUUCGGCGCCGCGUGCUGGGAGGAACUCAGCUGCGCAAGUGCAUGCUCGGCCUGCAUCGUGAACUCUGCCUUGCCCAAGGCAUCACCGUAUCAGAGUCGUGUUCGGUCGCAUUUCCUGCGUUGUGGACAGAUCAAGCGAAGGCUCAAAGAGGCGCUCGAAGGCUUUGUCGAACAAUACUUGCUUCGAUAUCUUGGGGACUACAUCUUCGGUGUUGACAAGCAGAAUUUGUCUGUGACCACUUGGCGUGGGGAGAUCCACUUGCGCAGCGCUCGCUUGAAGCAAGAAGUGGUGGAACUCCUGAAUCUUCCGUUCAAGCUGAUCUUUGGUGAGGCAGCGGAUUUAAAGAUCAAUGUGCCCUGGAAUCGCUUGGGUAGUAGACCUGUGGUGGUUGAGCUCACAGGCUUGCGAGUGCUGCUUGGUCCGAAGCCAGCAACGGAAUGGUCCAACGAGGAAGAGCUGCGACGUGUGCAGUUGGCGAGGCAGCGGCUGGUGGACCGUGCAGACCUGCUCUUUGGCCUCGAGGCUUCGCCGGACGACCGCAAGGAAGGCUACUUGGGCCGACUGGUCACGCGCAUCAGCGACAAUUUAGAGCUGCAACUCCGAGAUUUGCACAUUCGCUUCCAGGAUGACUCUCCUGCUGCUGGCGGUCCACCGGUUUCGGGUGGUUUGCACCUGGCGUCCUUGGAGGUCCAGAGCACAGGCUCUGACUGGCAGCCAAGCUUCAUCGAGCGCUCGGAGCGCAGUGAACUUUUCAAGUUACUGCAGCUAAGGAAUUUAAGCUGCUACCAUGAGCCACCAGGGUGGGCUGCUCGAAGUGAGGAAACAGAUGCAAUCCGGCGAUGCUUUCUAGAUUGGCCAAAGGAGAUUCAGCUGAAGCAGGGCCGCAUCGUCUACCUGCUUCCACCCUGCAGCGGGCAGUUGAAGCUCACACAGGCCUUGGACGUGUCUGAAAAAAGCGAAGAGCCGCGCUUCGAUUUGCAGUGCGAGCUGGAGCCCAUCAAGGUUCUGGUCUCGUCUGCCAGCUAUCGAGGCGUCUGCGGCAUCAUGUCGCUGGUCUCAGAGUACUUUGCGUUUCAGGAAGUUACCCGCCACUGGAUCCAAAGCUACUGGCCGUACCGUCCAGUGGUACAUGUACAUGGCAACAGCUUGCUGUGGUGGCGCUACGCAUUUCGCUGCAUUCGUGCAGCAAAAGCGAAUGUACGAGCACCUGCCAAGGCAAGUCGUUUCAUUCAGCUGCUCACGGAAGAGAACCUCUCUCGACUUCGGCUACAGGCGGAAUACUGCACUCUGGUGGUGAAGAGUCGUUCCGUCCAGCUGCCGGAGCACGAGCAGGCGCGGCUGCAGCGACUCCGCGUCUCUCUACCUGCGACGGAACUGCUGCGCUGCCAUGCCAUGGCACUUGAGCGACUCCAGGCACAGGGUGAAGCCAGCGCAGACCCUGGCCGCUGGAGCUUCUGGGGACGGACUAAGGUUCUCUCUGUGCCAUCUUCGCCUUCACUGGCGGCACUGGAAGCUCCUGCGGUGGAGGAUGAAAUUUUGGAGGGGCAAAGUGGGCAUAGUGGGCCAUGUGAAGUGCACAGAGAUGUCGAGAGAGAGGACUUGGCCUUUAAGUACAGACCUUCGGUGGGCAGUUGGCUUAUGCCAAGGCCUUGCCGAAUCCCCUGGCCGGAUGCUGAAGCUGAAGGCCAAGGCUUCGAAGAAGGCUUCGAAGAGCUGGACAUGCUGGACAUGGCAGAAGGUGCCGCUCCAACAAGCUGCCUGCCAUUGGAAUUCGAUGCCGUUCGAUGCUAUGCCGUUAUGUUCGAGUCAGUGUUGGACAUGCUGUUGAACUUAAAAAAAAACUAUUGUUGA